AUGUCAUCUUUCAGCAGCCGCUACGCGAUGGCCAAAGCGAUGGACCAAAUUAAGCCUCAGAAGCUUAACAAUAACGUGUUUUUUGGACCAUUGAACAGUCUUUCGCAGAGAGAUUUUCUUGUUGAGAACGGUAUCAAGUUUUUUAUAUCUGUGGGGAUCCCGACUGGUAGAGUAGUUGAAUAUGUCAAAGCUCUUCCUACGGAGGAAUUUAUUGCUAUUGUUGUGGAUGGUAGUUCUGGUGCGACUGAUGGGGAGGAGGGUGGCGAUGUGAAAAGAUUUCGGGAAACACAUAGUGCGCGGAUGCAGGGUGUAUUCAGGCAGGUUUCCAUGGAGGGCAUGGGGUUUGGCGGGAGGUGUCUGCCGCAGUCGGAGGUCGUGCGUCAGCUUCACCGGCCUAUUGCUGAAUACCAGAGUAAUAUUGUGGCUGGUGAUGGGAUAGCGGUGCUGGAGCAGUUUAACGAUUUCAUCACGCUGUUCCAGCAGUCGCGGCUGGGGAAUAUCCUUAUCUAUUCGGCCAACGGUAAUGAUGAGAGGCUAACCACCUUGUUGGUAUCGCAAGUUCUGCAGACGAACAUGUGGUCCAGCGUGUUGGAGGCCUUUGUAUAUGUGAAGUCGCUCCGCCCUUCUAUUGAAGACCAGCUUGGUGUAAAUUCUUUUUGGAACGCAAAUCUCGUAGCGUUCCACGAGCGUUUGCGUGCGAAGUUGUUUACCUGGGGAAAUGCACGACCUGCUGAUGCUUGUCGCUCCUCCCUGUAUCAAAAUAAUGCGAGGAAAACAAAGAGACGCGACGAAACUUCUUGCGAAGAGCAUGAAGAGCGGUAUAGAUAUCGUUCUCCGGAACUAGCUCCUACUCCUAGACCUGUCGCGACGUUGGCGCGGAAACGCCUCGCGACAGAAGCAGUCUACGACUGA